GUCGGACGCUAUUUUGCCACAUCGAUCGACUGCAAGUUUUAAAUGAGACAUCUGUUGUUUCCAAACUGGUGGCUACCGAACAGUCCUUGAGGUAUUUGUCCGAUAAGAGGCACCCCUAACGCAGAAUCUACCCACAUUCACAAUAGAACGCGUACUGUCGCGUCGAUUAGACUGUGUGCAAGACCAGUAGUAGUUGCUUGCUAUUACUCUUGGGGCUGGCUAAAGAGGCACUUGACCUGCCUACCUGAUUCACAAUGACAGCCGAUAUGGAUACUCAGAAUGAGUACGAUGAUAGUGGACUCCCGGGGCCCGGAGCGCCCACGCCACUUUCAGCUUUAGAAGGUGUUGCAGGAUUAACGGGAAGAGAUAUCAAAUUGUUUGUCGAUGCCGGCUAUCACACUGUCGAAUCAAUUGCGUAUACGCCAAAGCGUUUACUGGAACAGAUCAAAGGUAUCUCGGAGCAGAAGGCUACCAAGGUUUUGGUUGAAGCUGCCAAGCUUGUGCCGAUGGGUUUCACGACUGCAACGGAAAUGCAUGCUCGUCGAAGCGAGCUCAUAUCGAUUACGACAGGAUCUAAGCAAUUGGAUACUCUUCUAGGCGGCGGUAUAGAAACAGGAUCUAUUACCGAGAUAUUCGGAGAAUUUAGGACAGGUAAAAGUCAGAUUUGCCAUACGCUUGCGGUAACUUGCCAGCUGCCAUUCGACAUGGGUGGUGGGGAAGGAAAGUGUCUCUACAUUGACACCGAAGGGACAUUUCGACCAGUGCGUUUGUUAGCAGUUGCUCAACGGUACGGGCUUGUCGGAGAAGAGGUGCUCGAUAAUGUGGCGUAUGCCCGCGCUUAUAACUCAGAUCACCAGCUCCAGCUUUUGAACCAGGCGUCUCAAAUGAUGUGCGAAACUCGUUUCUCGCUUCUUGUUGUCGACUCGGCUACAUCGCUGUAUCGGACAGAUUUCAACGGCCGUGGUGAGCUGUCAACUCGACAGACACAUCUGGCCAAAUUCAUGCGUACCUUGCAGCGCUUGGCGGACGAAUUUGGGAUUGCCGUCGUCAUCACAAACCAGGUCGUCGCCCAGGUCGACGGUGGUCCGAGUGCGAUGUUCAAUCCAGAUCCCAAGAAGCCAAUUGGUGGAAACAUCAUCGCACACGCCAGCACGACCAGAUUGAGCCUAAAAAAGGGGAGGGGGGAGACCCGAGUGUGCAAAAUCUAUGACAGUCCCUGUCUGCCCGAGAGUGACUGUCUUUUCGCCAUCAAUGAAGAUGGCAUUGGGGAUCCUAGUCCCAAGGAUUUGGAAAACAACUGAGGAAUGAUGCAGCUGUUUUAGUUACUUAUGAUACCACGAUCGGUAUACGUUUUAUUUGGCUUGUUCAUUAGUACAUAUUGUUUAGUAUCUUGAUUUUGAUAGCAUAUGGUGUUUGUGGCAUUUUGUUAGAUAUUAUGCGUUACGUGGAAUAAAAAGAAUUAUCAGUACAGCCAAACAAAACAUACUUUGUAUAUACGAAGAGCAUAUGGGGUCUUUCUUGCAACAAUACUAAUCAUUUUAAACCGA